UUUGUCCGUCACUCCACUCUUACUGGUCCUUCGAUUAGUCAAUCACACCCUUCCUCCGCUCUGAUUGGCUGUUCUGUUCCAGAGUGGGGCGGUGAUUCUCUGGAAGUGCGUUUCCUUGUUUGUCAUAUGCGAGGCGACGGGGAGAGCCGACAGAUCCUCGGGAGGUGCAAACUGAUCAAAAUAAAUCAUCUCACUGACGCGGGAAACACACUUUAACUGGACCGACAAAUGCUAUUCACGGCUACUGCCCCCCGGGAUCCUUAAUGAUAAAUACAGCCGCCAUAUUGUUCCAGUGUUUGUAAUCGCGUCGCUAUCUGACUGCAGCCCCCCCCCCCCCACUACCCCUCGCCUUUGUGGCUAUGAGUACGGACCUCCUAUCUGACCUGGACAGUCGUUUCUUCGCUGAUAACCUCCUGACGAGCGAAGACUGGGAUGCCUGCCUGUACCAGUGUGAGAGCAUGGAGGAGGGAGAGGAGGUCGCCCGCGGGCUGAAACACGAGCCGCCGUUCGACAAUGACCUCGUGCUCACCCUCGAUCCUGACAACCCCACGUCGCCAUGGCAACACCUCGACGACAACCUUCUCACAGGAGAAACUCCUGGAAUCGAGAGUGAGAUGACCAUCACUCAGCCGCUACCGGUGGAAAUGUUGUUCCAGGUUAAAGCCGAGCCUCCUUCUCCUGCUUCCUCCCUCGGGUCAGACUGCUCCUCGUUGUCACCCGACCCCCAGGUCACCAUCAAAGGGGAGAACCCCCCGACCCCCCCCUACAUGUACGGGGACGUGCUCUCCCCUCCUCUGGGCUCCCUGGAGAUCACCGUGGCAACGUCGGCCGUGCCUCCCCCGCGGUUAGCGACCCAGGUGCCGGCGGUGGUGGGCGCGCUCCAGGCGCAGGCCGUGCUGAAGGCCAGCUCCAUCCUGAGCACCAAGCCCCCCAUCCAGCCCAGGCCCGUGUGCGUGGCCGCCCUCCCCCUCCCGCAGGCCCCCCCCCCGGCCAAGACCCUCAUCCUGCAGGGCCUGCCCCCCAUGGACCAGAACCGACCCGUCGUGCUGUCCCCGUCCGUCUGUCUCGGCUCGGCUCCGCCCAUCGUGAAAAUGGAGCCCGUCUCUCCCAGCAUCCCCCAGCACUGCUCCAGCCCCACGGCGCCGCCCGCCAGCAAGCCCAUCGUCCCGGCGACGGCGGCGUUGCCCGGCAACAACUCCAACGACAUCGAUAUGAAGGUGAUGAAGAGGCAGCAGCGGAUGAUAAAGAACCGGGAGUCGGCCUGCCAGUCGAGGAAGAAGAAGAAGGAGUACCUGCAGAACCUGGAGUCCCAGCUCCGGGACGCCCAGCAGGAGAACGAGCGUCUGCGCCGGGAGAACCAGGCGCUGAGGGAGAGACUGGCUGGCAAAGAGGGCGGCGACUCAGCGAGCAACAGGAGAGCCGUGUGUGUGAUGGCCGUCCUGCUCUUCAUGACCUUCAGCUUCGGACCUGUCAGCAUCUCGGACAGGAAGCUGUCGGGCCUGCAGGACGGCGUGGUGACGUACACGGGGCGCCGCCUGCUGGAUAUCGAACAACAACAACAACAACAACAACAACAACGACUACGGCAGGAGGCGGUGGCUCCGCCUCCCAGCAGAGUGGAGGACAGGGCGGAGACGGAGACAGAGGAGGACGGAGGGGACGAGGUUGCAGAGGCCUUUCAAUUCAGGAACCUCAGCGACGUGUUCAGUGACAUGAAGGAUCUGGUGCUUCAGGACAUCGACCGUUACUUCAGCUCUUCAGACUGCAGACAGUUCAACCGCUCCGAGUCCCUCAGGCUGGCAGACGAGCUGAGGGGCUGGGUUCAACGGCAUCAGAUCGACAGGAAGAAGUCUGGAGGGAAACCCAAAGCUCCAAAGAAAGCCAAGAUCGCCCAGAAAGCCCAGCUGAGGAAGACCAACUUCUCAAGAUAUCUGCCGAUUCAGACCCACCGCUCCAUAGAAAGUCAGCUGCAGGUGCUUCCUGGUCCUCAGCUCACCUACAGCGACUUCAUGGACGCCAUCGACCGCAGAGAAGACACCUUCUACGUGGUGUCCUUCAGACGGGAUCACCUGCUGCUGCCGGCCAUCAGCCACAACAAGACCAGCCGGCCCAAGAUGUCGCUGGUGAUGCCGGCCAUGUCCGUCAACGAGAGCCUCUACAACUCCUCUCGGGGCUACGAGAUGAUGAUGCAGGUCGACUGCGAGGUCAUGGACACCCGCAUCGUCCCCAUCAAGUCCUCCGCCGUCCCGCCUUCCCUCCGCGACCCGCCACCGCCCCCCCCCUCGCCCCCCACCACCACGGCAACCACACCUCACUGCGGGGGCGCCACCACCACCACCACUCGUCUCCCAGGCAACCGCUACCCGCCCGCCGACGGACCGCAGAGUAUUUGAUCAGCCAAUCAGAGGGGGUCUGAGGAGGGAGGUAACACACACACCUGUGGAGCAUUUGAUCACGAUCAAUAAGGCAAUCGGCCGUCAUUGUGCUAAACACCACCCUUAAUGUUCUGAUGUACGGGAAUACGCACUUGAGGAUCCAAACUGCGUUUUUUAGUUGUUUAGUGCUGAGGGAAGCGCGGGGGACAGGAAGUGACAUCACAGCGUGGAGGUGCUCAGCCUUCUGAUCAGCAGUGAACCUCCUACGUGGGAUCGGGUCACUUCCUGUUUACGUUUGUGUUGUUAGUCGACUGCUGCGUGGAGCAGGAACUUAAUGUCAGCUGUGCGUGUGUAUAUAUGUGUAAAUACAGUCAGAUCAAUACAUGGAUGGAUUGAUUGAUCAGAUUAAAAAAAUAACUAAUAAUAAUGAUGAUGAUGAUGAUAAUAAUAAUUAAUAUAAAUUAAAACAUUUAAAACAGAGUAAAGAACUAAUGUCAAAGAAAUAUUCCUUAUUAUUGAUUCCUGUACACUAUGCUACAUGUUAGCGUAGCAUCAGGCAGCAUCAGAUUCCACUUCCUGUUCCCUGCUUUUAUUAAAAUGAAGUUUUCAUUUUGAAUGUUUGUUAUUUAAAACUUGUAAAUAUCACUGUUCCUCUGUAGAUACUUUUCUUUGUUUUUGUCAACUUUUUUUAUUUCUUUUUUUAAAAUCUUUUGACAAAAAAAUAAAAAAAAUAAUUAAAGUCGAUACAAUAAAGAGACUCGGUGGUUUGGACUUCUAUAUUUUAAAUAUAUUUAUGAAACAUACUUUUUUUAUUGUACAGAAUCAACUUUCAUUAAGUUUCAGCUUUUAUUCAUUAAGGCGCCGUCUUUUCUUUACUUGUAAAAUGUAGUUUAGAUCAUUUCUAACUUUUAACACUUCCUGUUUCUUAAAAUGUCCAAAUUUCAAUGGAACAAAAUGUGAAAAACAGAAAACAAGUUUGGUGAAUGAAUAAUAAAAUAAGUCAAUAUUUCUACUGGAUGAAAAGAUGAUUGAAUAUAACUUUGUUCUUUAUUCAUGUGCAUGAAUGUUGGGAAGCAGAUGUUGAAGCACAUCUGUCAGUGUCUGACUUACUAAAGAUCAUGUUUGUGUUUGGUCUGUUCUUACUUCCUGUUUAAAAUAAUGCUUAUUAUUAGGAAUUUGUUAUUUGAAAUGUCUCCAGAAGGAAAAGCAGCAAAUCAUUUAAGGAUUUUUCUGUUUGAGUGUUUGAGGUUAACAUUUGUUUACUGACAUGAAGUCACAUCUGAGAGUGACAGCAUGCAGUAACUACGGUAACGCCUGUGUAUGAAUACACACGGCACGCUUUGUGUUGUUUAAAUAUGUAAAUGCAUCUUUUCUACUACAAAGUCGUAAUAAACUAACGUCGGCUCUGCA